AUGUUCCCCUUCUCGGGAUGGGGGCUGGGCUGCCUCCGGCUCUGUCUGCUCAGAGUGUGGGCCGGCGAGGCCACCGGGCGCUGGGCCUGUGGGACAUGUCAGUCCCGGCUGUACGGCUCAGGUGGGUCCCAGCCCGAGGUCUCUAGGUCUGACCCUGCGCGCGGGACUCUGAAGGCGUGGGCGCUGCUGGUGAGCCCUUUCGGCCGUCUGCGGGCGCGGCUCCCAUGCCACCUGACUGUGAGGCCCCUGGACCCCCUCACCUACCCAGACGGCGACCGCGUGCUGGUCACAGUGAGCGGAGUGGAGGGCGGGGCGCGGGCCCUGGCCGGCCUGCAGGUGAACUACAACGAGGCGCAGAAGGAGGUGACCAUCGUGGCUGAUGUCAUCGACCACCAGGCGUCCGUGGAAGUGAACGCGCCCCUGAAGUUUGAUUUGAAUAUCCAGUCAUCAGGGUCUGGCUGUGUAAAGGUCCAAAAUAUUGAGUGUGAUAAUUGCAAAAUUGAAACUGAGCAGGGGACUAGCAUCUUACAGUCUGUUAAGAGUCAAAAAUUACAUGUUCAAACAACAGGAGGCAAAGUGAUCUGCCUGGGAACGGUUUAUGGAAAUAUAGAUAUCCAUGCAUCAGAUAAAAGUACUGUGACUGUAGAUAAACUACAGGGAAGUUCUGUUAAUAUAUCUACUGAAGAUGGUUUGCUGAAAGUCAAGUAUCUUUAUACAGAAUCAUCAUUUCUGUCUUCUGCUGCUGGGGAUAUUACAUUAGGAAGUGUCCAUGGUAAUAUAACAUUACGAAGCAAGAUGGGUAACAUCACAGUAGAUUCGUCUUCUGGAUGUCUAAAUGCUUUGGCUCAGCAGGGUGCCAUAGAUGUUUAUGUCAGCCAACUGGGAAAAGUGGAAUUGAAAGUCCAUAAAGGCUCUAUUCUUGUCAAGGUUGCAUCUUCUCUUCAAGCUUAUUUACAGUUAUCAGGGAAAGAGAUUGAUGUGAACUCAGAUGUCCAUGUUGAAGAAAUGAAUGAAGCUCACAGAGAUGAUGGUGUGAUAAUUACUGGAUUCCUGAAUCAAACAAGCGAACAUGAAAAAUGGAUUAAGGCUGAUGCCCCGAAAGGAACUAUACGUUUUAGAAGCCAAAGCUGGUUUCAGUCUCUGAAGCUGCAGGACUGA